AUGGGUUUCCUCACAAACUUCAUCACCAAGAAGGAGGCUACCGUCGCCGUCACCAGCACCGCCGAACCCGGCACGGUCGGCAAUGUCAAUGUCCUCACCGACAAGGACGAGAUCCCCCUCGAAGACACCGCCAGCGCCGACGACAAGAAGGCUCUGGGAUUAGAAGAGGGUAACGGGGAGCCGGACUUUGAAGGAAGUGUGGUGAACGAGGACAAAAUCGAUGAAGACGCGCAGCCAGGUGUCAAGACUGCUCAGGCGACCACCUUGUCCUGGUCCAGAACGUCUCUGGUCAUCCUCUACGUCUCCAUGUUCCUCCUCUACUUUGUCAACGCCUUCCAGUCAUCAAUCACCGGCAACUUGACCGCCUAUGUCACGUCUGGCUUCUCUGCCCACUCCCUCAUCCCCGUCAUCAGCAUCGUCUCCAACGUCAUGAGCGCUGCCACAUACAUGCCUCUCGCCAAGGCCUUGAACCUCUGGGACCGUGUCUGGGGAUUCAUCAUCAUGGCCGGUCUUGCCACCAUCGGUCUUAUCCUCAGUGCUACGUGUAACAAUAUUGCCGUGUACUGUGCUUCUCAAGUGUUCUACGGUAUCGGAUUUGUAGGCAUGAUCUUUUCCAUCGACGUCAUCACCGCCGACACUUCCCGUCUUCGCGACAGAGGUCUCGCCUACGCCCUCACCUCUUCCCCCUACAUCAUCACUGCCUUUGCCGGUUCAGCGGCAUCCGAGCACUUUUACGACAGCAACUGGCGAUGGGCUUUCGGUUGCUUCGCCAUUGUCCUUCCUGUUGUCGCUACGCCUUUGAUCUGGGUGCUCUGGCACAACAAGCGAAAGGCCAAGGCUGCUGGCAUGAUUCAGAGGGUCUCAAGCGGGAGGACGCCUUGGCAGAGCGCCAAGUACUACUUCAUCGAGUUUGAUGUCAUUGGCGUUUUCCUCAUCGCCGCCGGUCUCGUCCUCUUCCUCCUCCCCUUCUCUAUCGCUUCUUCCGAGGCCGACGAGUGGCGCAGUGCUUCGGUCAUCGUCCUUCUUGUCUUUGGCGUUCUCUGUCUCGCCGGCUUUGUCGUCUCUCAGCGUUGGCUCUCUCCCAAGCCCUUCGUCCCAUGGCGUCUCCUCACCAAUCGCUCCGUCAUCGGCGCCUGCAUGCUCGACUUCUUCUACCAGAUCGCCUACUACUGCUGGUACUCCUACUUCACCUCCUAUCUGCAAGUCGUCUUCAACACCUCCAUUUCCGUCGCCGGCUACGUCUCUUCCAUCUUUGACGUCGUCUCUGGUGUCUGGCUCAUCAUCGUUGGUCUCCUCAUCCGAAAGACUGGCUACCACCGAUGGCUUCUCAUGAUCUCGGUGCCCCUCUUCAUCCUCGGCGAGGGUCUCAUGAUUCACUUCCGAAAGCCCGGAGGCCACUUUGGCUACAUUAUCAUGUGCCAGAUCUUCAUUGCUUUCGGUGGUGGUACCAUCACCAUCUGCGAGCAGCUCGCCGUCCUCGCCGCUGCUUCUCACAACGACGCCGCCGCUGUCCUCGCCCUUCUCGGUCUCUUCGGCUACACCGGUGGCGCCGUCGGCAACUCCAUCUCUGGCGCCAUCUGGACCCACACCUUCCCCGAGGCCCUCCAAAAGUACCUCCCCACCGAUGCUCUCGCAGACUGGGAAGAAAUCUAUGAAGAUCUUGAGGUGCAGCUCGGGUAUGAGUGGGGCUCGGAGACGAGGACGGCGAUUAUCGAUGCGUAUGCGGAUGCGCAGACGAGGAUGUUGAUUGCGGGUACGGUGUCGAUGGCGAUUGCGUGGAUCUUUGUGUUUGUGAUCAAGAACCAGAAGGUGUCGGCGCUCAAGCAGACCAAGGGGUUGUUGUUCUAG